GUAGUGUGUUGUGUUUAUAUCUAAAAUUGAAAUAUAUUUCAAAGCAUUUAUUAUUUGUAUGUAAUUAGCAAAUGGUUUAAAUGUGAUGGACUGAUAUUUCCAACAAGAUUCGGUGUUAUAUUUAGAACUAUGGCGCUUAGUGCUUUAGCGGAAGAAUAUUUCAGUACACUCAACCCUAUUGCAGCAAAAAUUCAUGAGGAUAUAGUUGAAACACGGAAUUCCUAUGAAAACAUUUGGGACUCGCUUUCCGAAAAGGAAAAGGCGGAAAUUAUAAACGAAUCCAUUAUCAAACCGGAUAUUGCAUUAAAAUAUGCACUGCUCGAUACACUGGAUUUCGAUAUCAACGAUCCACCAGUUCACAAAGACGACUUGAUGUCUUUCUUUUGCCGUGAACAAGGCUUGAAGAUAAUACAAGAUGAGAACGGUUCAUAUAGAGAUGAAUACUCCGCGCCGUUUCUAUACCAAACGAAGAGUCAACUGAACUUAUGUAUUUUCGCCGAAAACCGCAAGAACAAAGACGUCCAGUGUUCUUCGCCACCUCCGGUCAUGUCAGAACUAGCGUUAUCCCAUUCGAAAGUUGUAAACGAACUUAAAAACGCGUUAAAAUCUCACGAUGUUCUAAAAAGCACAUAUAAAGACUCGAAUAGAGAGGUGGUGUCACCUACAAGUUUUAUCAGCAAGUUUAUGGGAAAUUUUAAACAGAAAGAUGAAGAACGAGAGUGUUUGGUGUCCACUGGGCCGGCUCAGAUUGUAGCGUCCUCAGAUAACUUCUUCCGUACGAACUAUAAGAGUCCACAGAAUGAGAAAUACGAGAAGGACUAUCGGAGCAGCGUUGUUAAAUCUAGUAGUGAUCUAUCAGAAGAGAACCGUGGCCUACUCUCCAGUCAGGCAUCGUCUGGUACGGACUUUCAUUCAACGGAAACCUUAACAGAUUCAGCUUUGCCAAAGACGGGGUACGACUUUUUGGAUAACUGGUAAAAAAUAAUGGAAACUAUGCUAUUAAAGUAUGUUAUAUCAAUGUUUUAAAACUUAGAAGACUUCAAUAUUACAUAGUAAGUUUUUUUUAGUUUGCAUCUGUACUAAGACUCGAUAAUGAAAUGAGACUACAUUUUUUUUAUAUUCUUUUUUAA